UUUAGGAUAGAGGGGGAUCGUUCAAACUCCCUGUCAGAUGAGUGCGGCCAGAGCCAAUGGUGGGACAGUGGCGGUUGUCAAGAGGAGGUGGGGUCUUGUCCCGUGUGUCGACUGUCUGAUGGAGAGAAGUGGGGGCACAGCACAGCGAGUGUGACACAGAGUGCUACGCAGAGAGAGAGCGAGAGAGACUGCAGGCAGGCAUGCAGCAGCAACACAGAGCCAUAUAUAUGUUUAAUAGAGAGGCUGCAGCAGAGCGGGCUGUUGAUGAGGUGUAUUUGGCACAAGGUCCUUGGAAGCCUGACUUUAGACGUCUGUCAAACAUGACUGGACAAUAAUAACGUUCCCCAAAACCUGCAGCAUGUGACUUUGCUGUGGUGUUUACGGACCCUCACCAUGCUGUCUCUCUGGAAUAUUUAUCUUCUCCUCCCCCUCUCUUUGCCUCCCUCACUCCGUGCCAUAGCCUUAACUGGAGAAAAUGUCAAGGAAUCACAACAGCCAGGCAGAGACAUAGCAGCACAGCAUAUUCCACAGCCCACACCAAGACUUCAUGGAUCUGUUUCUGUCCCGGUUAGUCCCCUCUUUGAGCCCACGGAUGCCGACUUCCUGGGUCAACCUCUGAGUUGGCCUUCAUUCUCAUCAGAGGAGUCAGACAGACAAGGUGUGAUCGGUGAAUAUGUUGAUCUACAGGCAAGCACAGAAAUGUCGCUUAUGGAUCCAAAUGAGAAGGAAUUUUUCAUACCCAGCUCCUCUGAAAGUGCAACAGAAGAUGUGCCAUCUCAAACUACCCAGGAACAAACAUUUAAAUACCUGCCAGCUGAGACCAGCUCUGAAUCUAACCUGGAUAUACAGACUCAAGAGAAUCACCUCAUUUCAACAGCCUUGCAGAAUAAGACUUAUGGCUCACUUCCAUCAGACUCUUCUCCACUGUCUGUUGGACCGGGACACAGCUCUGACCAGCCCACCCCACCUGUAGUCAGUGGCAGUUGGGGAAGGACAAUAGUUGGUCCUUCACAGGAGAAGACAUGGGAGGGAAAUGUCCCAGUGAAAGAGUCUGGUGGUGGAUUGGUUGAUAUGACAGACCACAGAGUAGCUGUGAAUAUGGUGACAGAGAAAGAUACGUCCAGGGAUAGUAGCCUGCAAAAAUCCAGUGACAAAUUCUUGCUCAAUGAUAACAUGGACACCUCAACAGCACCUUGCAAAACAACAAACCAGUCCUGGAAUCCCACCUUCCCAGAUGAUUUCACUACCAACGAGUCCCUGCAUCCCUCUCUUGCUUUCAUCCCUGCCCUUCAUGUCCCUCUGUAUUCGGACUGGAACUCUGCCCUCGCUACAUGGGGGUUUGCGUGGGAAGCUCACACUUACGGCCUGGGGUCUGUCUUCACUGUGUUUGGCCUCAUCUCUAUCAUCUGCCUGUUGGGGCUUCCCCUGCGGUGUCCUGCAGGAAGCCCCUACUUCACCUUGCUGCACUUGUUCCUCCUUGCAUUUACAGGGAUCCAAGCUUUCUGUUUGCUCUAUGAUGCAUACAGUCACCAGGAUCGUCUACCCCCUCUAGGUUCACUGCUGCUCUCUGUGUUGCCCUUCCCCUGUUUGAUCUCAGCUUUCUCCUUGGCCUUCCUCCUUCUUUCACUGCGCUCACGCAUGCACCUUUCAUUCCCACUUGCUAUUUCAACCCACUUCUCAGCCUUGCCCAAACCUUGCUUGCUGUUGUGCGUAUCUCUGUUGCAUUUUGGAGUAUCUCUAGGAUGUGUUGGCUUGCUCCAGCUCUUCGACUUCCUUCCUACCAUGAUCCUGCUUUUCCCUCAGGGUCUUUUUGUAUGUCUCACCAUCUUUCUAUCACUCUCUUACCUCACCUUCUACUGCUUAAUACAAGUUGACACUAAACACAUCUACAGGCUUAAUGACAAUGGGGAGAACGGAGGAUCUCCUGAAGUGAUAAGACCAGCAAGUUGCCCCUUUUCCAAAGUGGAGGACUGGCGUAGGGCAGCAGUAGCUGGAGUAGGAGCUUCAUUUUGUUUAUUGGGCUGUGGAGGACUACAGCUUUAUGGGAUCCUGCAUGCCCUUGGUUUAGGUGGGGUGGAUGGUUAUGGGUUCCAUCCUUGGCCCUGGUGGGGCUACCAGGUGGGUUGCAGACUUUGCGAGAUAGGGGUGUGUCUAGGGUUGUCUCUCAUUGGCACACACCCUCUAUGUUCCAGACACUCUUCUAUCAAGACCACAACUCACCCCAGGCCUGGAUCCUGGUCCCGCCUGUCAUGCAGCUCACCUUCGCGAGGGCUCACUCUGCCCUCUCCAGGAAGUGCAAAUUCUCCUGUUCUCUCCACAUAUGAUUCUUGGUCCCAAGGUAAGAAGGAAAAGCAGGUGGUCUGCAAUGUCAUCACCCAACGAGAGUCAGAUGCUCUCCCUCUUUGCUCUAUUGUGGAUCAUCCAAGAAAUGGGUGUGAUUGUCUUCCAAAAUCCAGCCGAAAACAGACAACUGUAUUAUCUUUACCUUCACCCCCAAGCCCCCCUCAAAAUCGUACAAAUGCUGUGGAGUUAUCAUCACUGGGUAGCUUAGGACAAUAUGCUGACUCUACUGUGGAUCUACAGCCUCCAUCUCCCAUUGACCUGUCUCGCAGUAUUGAUCAGGCUUUGUUCAGUGAGUCCCUAUUCUCUCACAGUAUCUUUGGUUUGCCGAGGUUGGCCCAUGCUUCUUCAAGCCACUCUUUGAGCUCUCCCAGCCAAGGGACUUCAAAGAACGGGCAGAGUUCUGUAGAUAAUGCCUUAUACAGAACCUCCUCCUGUGGAGAUGUGGGUCAAGAGAAAACCCUUCCCGGUUCAAAAUGCUCCCAGCCUCACAGCUCUAUAACGUCUCACAGCAGGACACCAGAGCACUGGGAAUGGAAAGGGAGUGUCUCUGGCUCAACCCAGGGUCUGUGCAGCAAUCCAAAAGACACAGGAAAGCUGCGCUCAAACUCCUGGGCCAACAGAGGGCACAACUUUACUCAGCACAGCCUUCCACGGGCAAUUCAUCUGUCUUACCACAGGCGUUACCGAACCCUGAGCGCAGCGUCACGGGACAUGCGGGGUUCUGGCCGACUGGCAGGGACCAAACACUUAAGUGAAAGCAAACAGCUAGAAUGGGAUCUGGCCGUGCAGGCAGAAUUUGUCAAUGUGUGUAGACAAAUUGAUGCUCUGAGUGUUUGCAGUGACACCAUUGAACUAUAGACAAAACUGUGAUUGGAAUGCAAAUGUAGCAGACUCUGAUUCUGAUUUUUCAUUGUAAAAGUUGUAGUGACUUACUGUAAUUAUUUGACAUAAACUAAUUAAAGUAUAUUGGACAUUUUAAUACAGCACUAUUAAAAUGAUUGGUACAAUAUGUACCUUUGGACAUUGUAGUUAUCCUACAAAACAAAGGGAAUGUAAAGGAUAGCCUUCUUAAGCCAUGAAUAAACAAACAAAAUGGAUUCCACAAAAGUUUAGUUAGCAUUGCUUAAAUGCUAAUGUAUCUUCAUCAUUUCAAAAGUCAAGAAAUGCUCAUUAGCAUAUAAACCCCAAACCUGUAUCUGAUAGUAUUGUGGUAGACAAUUUAAAUAAUAUAUAUAAUAUAAUAUAAAUAAAUAAAUAAAUAAAUACAACUGAUUGUCAGAGGAGGCUAAAUAGUACUAUCUCUAUGUACCAGUGACUGUAUUUGUAUUUUGUUUUUCAAAUGAUGUCCAUUUAGUUGUGAAUGGAGACGUAAGCACUGGACAAUGUAGCAUGUAGUACUUUUAUGUUAUGUCAGUGUGGUGUAAAAACAAACAUGUUUUGGGAUAAUAUAAUGUUUGCAUUUCCUGGCAAGCCAGCCAUCUGUUUUGUAUUUUUGAAAUUAUUAUUUCAUUUACUACUACUA